CAGAACGCGCCGUGCCAUCUAAUUGCAGCUGAAGACAAAGAAAAGAACGAACCAGCAACAUCGCCUCGAAAAUGGGAAAGGGAACUUCAAAUGGUUACUUCAGGACAAGGAGAGGCCAAGCAGGUGCUCUUACCACGAUCAUGUCUUUCACAAUACUUUUGUUGCUGAACGUGGGAAGGUUCUACAUACACGGGCCUUUUCACAUGAUGCACUACCUGAGCUUUACCUACAUGCUCAAUGGUUCGUUCCUGAUUUUGCACGGCCUCAUGAAUGACAUGGAUCCCACCAACAAGUUUCUUGUGACGUACUACGGCAGCGGUGCUCUCAUGUUCCUCGUCACAGGAAUCCUCUCCGUGUCCAAUACCCAAGGCCAGCAGUUACUUACGAUGUCCAUUGGUGUCCUUGGCAUCGUUGAAGGAUUCAUCAUGGCCUUCUUGGCAAUUUUUGUUAAUAUGCUCUAGCACUCUCAUAAGGUGCAAUAUGAAAUCCCGUACUAACACAGCUGUCCAUCCGAAACUAUUGUUAUUGGGCUCAUAUUACACGUCGUUUGUCUCUGUGUGUCAUUUCUGUGUGUCUCUGUGUG